AGCUGUUUUCGUGCAGUACAGAUGUCGAUGACCUCUGUAGCUUCAAUCAGCCUUUGUGGGAUUAUCACCCACUUACAAUGACUAUUCACUGGCAGGACAUUGCAUUUCAUGAAGAGUUACUUCCCACUCCGUCAUCAAUGAGUGACAUAGGAAGGAGCACUAGUCAGAAAAGAACUUUCGGACAAUCAUCAGCUAAAGAAAAUCCUGAUGCAAUCUCAGAAAGCAAACGCCUCAAAUAUGGAUCAGCACAGGAUGAUACGUCUAUUAGUCCUGUUCCUUCUAAUCCAGACGAAAUUCUGUCUCCGAUAAAAGUUAAUUAUUCAUUUGAAAGCAAUCAUUCUGUCAAUGAUUCCAUCGCUUCACGAAUAAAUUUCAUCGACUGUGAUGAGUUGGCAUCGUUGCUCACUUCAAAUUAUUCUUGCACUUUAUGUGUACCCUUAAUACUGGAUAUCAGAAGCCUAGCUGCUCAAGCUGAUUUGCGAAUUCAAACUGCAGUCGGUAUACCUUGUGAAUCACGUGUAAAGUUGCGACGUGCCUUACCAAUGUUGAGUGAUUUUUUGCGUGCAAGGAAACAGUGUUUCAGUACUCACGGUCAACAAAAUUAUAAACUCGACUGUCGUUUAAUAAUUAUCUGUGCUGACUCUAGUAUUAACGAAUUCCCUGUACUGAAAGAUCUUCUUCAUUGUCUGGUUAAACACCUUACGAAUGAUCAUGAUUUAGAUGUUCGAGUACUCAAAGGUGGCUUUCAAGAAUUCUGCAACGCUUAUGAACAUCUAUGUGAACAUCCACUGCAGAUAUCUCCAAAGGCUACUGAUGACCUAAAUAGUUUAUCAAGAUCCAAAGAUACUAAAGAAGACGAAGAAGAAAAAUUUAAGUUUUCAUUAAAUGUCUCAAUUGAAACUUCCAAGUGUACAAAGCAAGCAGUGAAAUAUUCACAGUUACUGUUACCUGGUUUGGGUAUUCCUGUAAACACUAAAUCACCUGUAACAGAGAAAUCAGUACCACCGGUUAUAGAUAAACAGAUCAAUCGGUUUGAUUUUAUGAACAUCAAUAAGCAAAUAACAAAUCCUUUUGCAAAUAAAUGGGGUUUAUCUCAAUUUUGUUUGAAUGAUAAUGAUCCAGGUGAUCCUAAAGCUAUUUUUCGUGCUCAAGCAAGUCGAAUAUUACCCUUUCUUUACCUUGGUAAUGAAUCUGACAGUCAAAAUGAAACUACUUUGAGGAAAUGUGGUAUUAAUUAUAUCCUGAAUGUAACACUUACAACACCAUUUCUUGAUGAGAGACGUUUUAAGUGUCAUCGUCUUCCUGCAACAGAUUCACAUUCACAGGAUCUACGACCGUACUUUAAUACGGCAUUUCAAAUUAUUGAAGAAGUUCGUCGUUCAGGUAAAAGUGUACUUGUACACUGUCAAGCUGGUGUGUCCAGAUCUCCAGCAUUAAUUAUUGCCUAUUUAAUGGCGUAUUCAAGUAUGUCUUUACUGGACGCCUAUCAAUUUGUCAAAACAAAGCGUUCAGUGAUUGCACCGAAUUUCGCUUUCAUGGGACAGUUGUUUGAAUUUGAAUCUGAAUUAGCAUCUGGACGUUUCUUAAGGCAGUCAAAUAUAUUAGAUCCUUUAUUACAAGUUAUGUAAUUAGCAUAACCAAAGUGAUAUAUAUAAUUAUGUAUAUGUAUAUUCAGUUUGUUGGUCACAUCUGUUUUUCACGCUUUUCUUCGCUGUUAUCUGACCUUUCAACCACUUACAUCUUUUGUAUCAUACUGAACAAUCUAAAAGUAUAGUUUUUUUUUUGAAAGUUUAUUUUGUAAAUAUUAUCCUAUUUGCGUGAAGAGUAAGAAUCAGGAAGACAAUUUAUGCAUGUUUAUUCAAGUGAAUAAAGAAAAUGACAUAUGUAAGCAUCAUCUUAUCAAGAAUACUAGUCUGUUAUGCCAUGGGAUAUGCAUAAUGUUCCUUAUUUACACUUUUAUUAUGUCUACUCUGAUUUUCAAUGAACUUCAGCGCGUUUAUUUUCAAAGAAAAUAAAAUGCCAACGAUGAAUUUUUGCAAUUAAAGAAAAAAGAAAACCAGUUCAUUUUUUUGUAUUCAGAUCUCUUUUUGGUUUUCUAAAUAUAGAAAACUUAAAGUGUGUUUUGUUCUUUAUAUAAUUUCAAGCAUUUUACAAUUUACUUGUCUAUCUUUUUUCCUCGUUUUACACAGACACAUAUGAUGGAAGAUUUUGUUAGUAGAUAUAACUCAGUGUGAAUACAUGACACUAACAAAAUGACUGAUUUUUACUAUCACAAAAGUUGACUUUUCUUUUUGUUAUAUCUAAUGUACAAGUGUCACUUGUUUGCCUCCUGAGUGUGAAUUAUUUUGAUGUUCACCUAUUUUUGAUGAAAUUUCUUUACCAGUUUGAUAACUUAGUUUUUCUCUGUUUUACAAGUAAACUUCACUGAAGGAAAUCAAAUUCUCAUUAUUACUAUUAUUAUUCUCAUAUCAAGACAAACAAAGAAAGAGGGAUGUGAAAUGCAAUGAUCUAUGUUCUCAAUAUCUUCCAUCGGUAGCAUAGAUACUGAAAGGAAUGUCAGAAUAGGCGGCAGAAGAAGACUACUGAAUCUUUGGAAAUGACAAAGAGUGAAUAUAUAGUCCCUUGACUUGGUUUUUGUUGUAAUAUGAAUGUCGAUUUUGAAUCAGUCCCAUUUACACAAACACACACACACACACACUGUCUAGACCCACAGGCAGUCGUACUUCUCGACUUGAAUAAAUAUAAUUCUGGCUUAAUCUAAUUUUACUCCACUUAAGAUUAUUCAUGAUAAACAGUUAUUGGGUUUCCACAACACAUUCUUAAUGCAUACUCCUAGCUUACCAUGCUUUUUAGUGAAACACUGUUUGUUACCGAAU